AUGGUGUUUCAAUCAUUUAUACGGUUUGCCAAAUAUUCAUUAUCAUCAUCAUCAUGCCGACCAGAAGUUAGACAUCAUUUUUUCAGAAGUUCUUAUCCUUAUUUGAAUCGACAUCAUUUUUUUAAGAACCUGAUAUCCAAUUACAAUAAAGGGUUUAAUAAAUCAAAAUGGUGGUUUAGAUCUCAAAGAAAUACUUCUAAUCGAUCUAAGCCAUUUUUAACAAUAUCAGAUGGACAUUAUGGAUUAUACUAUUCCAUGUAUAAUCAUGAUUCUGAAAGACAACAACGACAAAAGGAUCAUGAAAAGUAUAUUAAACAUAUGAUUUUAAAACAAUUAGAGACUAGUGAUAGAAUAUUGGGUCAUAAAAGUUUAAAUUCUGAAACGUUUUUCCCUAGAAACCAGUAUCACCAUCACCACCACCACCAUAUGGUCAACUGCUUUAUGGGCAGAUACCGUGGAAGACAGAAUUCCAAGAACUCCAAUGGACGUAGUCAUUAUCAUAGAAGACGCUGCCCACAUCAUCAUGGUUUCCAUUUGAAAUUGCUUUUGAUUGGAUUCACUGCCAAAUUUUUGAUUUCUAAAGCUAUGGUAGACACUCAAAUCAACCUUGAUGGUAUCAAGAAAUUUUCAUCUAAAUUAUUUUCUUCCUUUGCAUAUAAACCUUUCAAUUAUUCUUUUGCAUCGUUCACCAGAUUGGCAACAGUGGCAAAGAAUACCACAAUUUCCAAUGAAAAAGAGCCAGAACCAGUUGCAACACUCUGUCCACCAUUAUCCAAGGUUUUCACAACGGGUGUUGUCAAAAGAACAUUUGCAACACUUGCUCAACAACAACAACAACAAGACCAUGAAAGACAGGUUGUUGCCGAACAACAAAAACAACCACCAUCUCAACCACAUACAACAACACAAGAAAAUAUAACAGUUGAUACUUUUGAACAAGACUUUUUGGCAUCCAAAGUAUCGAAAAUAGUAUCUACUUUUGAAACGUAUUCAACCCCUGACGACUUAAACAUUAUAUACCCAUUAUACCAAGCAGUGAAAAGAAACGAUUUGAAAUUACCUUCUAUUGAUGUAUACAAUAUUGUUCUCAAAUCUAUUUUAAACAGAAGUUUGAAUAGUGAAUUAACACUAGAUUCUAUAGAAGGAAAAUUAACUGUGUUGUUAACGGUUUAUCAAGAUAUUCUUGCUGCUGGUAUAAAACCCAAUAAAGAAACAUACAAUAUAGUGGUAACUGCUUUAUUAAAAGGUAGUUUACAAUGUUUGGAUAUACCAACAGAUAAUAUUUUACAAUACAAUGAAAUACAUGGUAAAUCUCAAGAAUUUGCCCAAAUUUGUCUUGAAUUGUUCACAUUAAUUUCUAGUCAAUUGGAUUUACAAGCAUUACUUGCCGAUUUACUCAAAUUAUUAUAUAAUUAUCCCAAAUUGAUUACACCACAAAUCAUUGAACCAUUUGUUAAUCUGAUUCAAAUGGCCAAAAUUUCUGAUAAAGAUUAUUAUUUAUUAAUCCUUGAAUUGUCGAAAUAUUUUACUCAAUUUGAUUUAUUAAGUAAAGAGCAAACUUAUCAAGUGAUUGAAUCUGCUUAUACUAAAUAUAAACUGUUUGGUGGUAAAGGUAAAGGUAAAGGUAAAAUUAAUCCAUUUAUUGGUUAUAAAAAAGUUAUUGUUUCUUUAGUCAAUAAUGAUUUCAUAAUGGAAGCUAGUCAAUUGUUAGACGAAAUAUUAUUAGAUUAUAAACAAUCAUUACAAUUUAAAUAUAGACCUUCAAAACAUCAAAUUAGUAAUUUGAUUGGAAGUUUCCUUAAAGCAUUCAUUAUGAAAACUAAUGAUUUAACCAAAGGUUAUGAAUUAUUAGUUAAAUUCAAUUCUGUUGCUUAUUUACCUGAUUUACCGGUUAGAUUUUAUAAUUUCAUGAUUACAAAAUUAGCUGAAAAUGAAAAUGAUAUGGAUGCUGAAAUGUGGUCAAUAUAUAAUCGGGUUAUGAUAAGAACAGAUUAUCAAAACAUGUCGACUAUGGAAAUGGUAAAACAUAAUGGUAAAGCAUGUCGAGAUGUUUUACUUUCUCAUAGUCUUGAAGAAAAUGAUCAUGAACAUUGUUUCCAAUUAAUUAAAGAAAUCUUGGUAAAAGAACAUUUGAUCAGUGAUUUAGAUACAUUAAAUAAAACAUUCCAUUAUUUAUAUAAUGCCAUGCUUCAUAAUAUUACCCAUGAUGAUAAUAAUGAAGAACAGGGAUUUUUUAAUCAAUAUUAUUUUGGAUUAUUAUGGCAAUUAAUGGAAACUCAAGCUAAACAUUACAAGACAUCUACAGAUAUAAAUGAUUUCAUAUCACAUUUUGUUCAAUUUCUUACCGUCAAAGUCCCCGAAAUUUUGAUCCAUGAUGAACGGGCCAUUAAUGCAGUCAUUAAUUAUAAUGUUAAUUUAUUACUUAAUAGUCCAUUUAUUAAUCGUGGUGUUGAAUCAUUUAAUUUACAAACAGAUAAUAUUUAUGGAUUGACUUUAGUAGUACGUGAAUUAAUGAAAUUUGAUGAUGUUAGAUUCUCUGUUCAACUGUCAUUAUAUAAAAGAAUUGUUGAAUUUGAAACUUUGGUUAUUGAUGAAUUUGAAGAUUCAGAAAAUUCUUAUAUUGAAUUAACUCCAGAAAUGACUCAAUUUUUACAAGAUAUUAAAAAGGAUAGAGAUUAUAGAUUAAUCAAAUUACAACAACAAAGUGUGGUGAAUGGUCAACACCACGUUUUAUCAAUUAGUGAUAGUGAAGCUUUGGCAUCAUCAACAUCAACAUCCACAUCCACAGAUAUUCCAUCGGAUUUAACAUGUGAAAUCGAUUUAAGUUAUUUAUUGAAUCUUAAUUUUGAUAAAGGAUUACUGAAAUUUUUAGAAUUGUACAAUAAGGAUACUAAUUAUAAAUUUAAUUUUGCAACAUGGAAUAUAAUUUUAAAUUUUGAAUUUUUAGAUAAUUUUAAUUCACAAUUUGAAAUGAAAGAAUUAUUACAACGGAUUUGGUUAACAAAUUGCGAAGAAUCUAAAAAACUUGAAUUAAUUAAACGAUUAAUUCUGUAUAAUUUUGGAAAUGUGAUUAAUGGAAUUGGUGAAUUUAUUAAACAGAAUAAAAUUUUUAAUGAUAAUGAAUUGUUAAUAACUUUAUUUCAAACAUGUUUGAAAUUGAAAGAUAAAGUUUCUCAAGAGAUUUUUGCUACCGAUGAUUCAUUAUUCCAAACGAUUUACGAAUCCAAUCGUAAUACAGAAUGGAUUGUGGCAUAUUUGAAUUAUUUAAUCAGUGUUGAACAAUAUGAAAAAGUUAUCACUAUAAUUGAUUCUAGGAUUGGUCAUUUUAAUUUACCUGAAUCAUUAGGUCAUUUAUUAUUAGAAGCUGAUUUACAUAUUGAGGAUUUAAAUAAAUUUCAAACUGAUUUUAAAAAUUUGAAUCUUACUCCUACUAAUAAACUAUAUGAAUUAUGUUUGAAAUAUGAUUUAAAAUCUGGAGAGUUAUCAGCUAAACAAAUCAUUGACAAAUAUUCCAAAUUUGCCGCCGCCACCGCCGCCGCCAAUAAUAAUGGUUUAAUUGAAUUACAAGAAUUGAUAUCUUUUUGUCAUGUAUUAUGUUCUUUACAAUCAUCAGAAUCCAUUACCAAUCCUUAUAGAACUACAAAGUUCGAGUCAGUCAACAUUUUAGCAACUUCAUUAUUAACAACACGAAAUUUUGAUGAAAUGAAAACAAUUAUUGAUUUUAAUGAUAUCAAAAUUGAACCAUCAAAAUUAUUUGAUGAAAUGAUUUCCAUUCUAAUUGAAUUGUCAUCAUAUAAUCAUCAUCAUGAAAACAGACCCCAAUUAUUGAUGAUGAAUAAAUUCAUUGAUACAAUUAAAUUAUGUAAAUAUUUACGAUUGAAAUCUGUUUCAAUGGAGAAUUUUUUGAAAAUCAUUAGAUUUUUAACCGAGAUCAAAUCUGAUCUUUUAACAGUUAUAUUAAAUCGAUUCAUAAAUAAUAAUAAUAAUGGUCAUGAUGAUGCAGAUGAUAAUGUUGGAAGUUUUGCGGAUAUUGUUAUGUUUUAUUUCAUUGAAGUUGAUUUAUUCAAUUAUAAAUCAAAAUUAAUCGUUUUGAAAGAAUUAUUGAAUAGUAUGAAAAAAUUGGGUGAUAAUUUUAAUGUUUUGAAGAUUAAUGAAUUUUGUCAAUCUAAUGGAAUUAGGUUUUCUUGA